AUGACCUCACCGACCUCUAGACGAUCUCCCCAACCUCUACACGACAUCCCAGCCCUCCUGAUAACCACCCCGACAACAAACGACCUAAAUGACUUAACACGACCUCUCCAACCUCAGACGACCUCACCCAUCUCUCCGACCUCAAACGAACAACCUGACCUCGGACAACCUCGAAAACCUCAAGUGACCUCCCCGACCUCCAGAAGAGCUCCCAGACCUCAAUAA